CCAUCGACCUUGCAUCAAUGUCAUUUCGGAUUUAUCAAUAGCUAUCAUAAUAUCAACAUUACCCAAGUGGCCUAGAAUGACCGAAAGUAUCCAAAAUGGCGUCUUCCGGCGUAACAACACGACGCCCCCUGCGGAUAACGGGGUGAUGUCUCUCUUCUCCCUCAAAGGCAAGACAGCAAUCAUAUCAGGCGCAGGAGGAGGGAUUGGUCUUGCCGCUGCCAAAGCAUUCGCCGAAGCGGGUGCCAAUGUGGCUAUUUGGUAUAACUCAAAUGAAGAGGCUAUUGACAAGGCAGUAGGCAUUGAGAGAGCCUUUAAUGUCAAAUGCAGAGCGUAUAAAGUCAACGUUACAUCCUGCGAUGAAGUAGAAAUAGCGAUGGAGAAGGUUAUCAAAGAAUUCGACGGCCGCCUUGAUGUAUUUGUCGCCAACUCUGGCGCUUCUUGGGGCGAUGAAACAUUUGUUGACGCAGACAUUGAGAGAUACCAUAAUCUCAUGAAAAUCAAUGUUGACGGAGUAGUCUAUUGUGCACGUGCCGCUGGCAAGCACUUUCGGAGACAAAAGAAGGAAGGAACAACUAUAGAUGGAGCAAAAUUGGGUAAUUUUUCCAGUGGCAGCUUCAUCGCCACCGCCAGCAUGUCUGGACACAUUGUAAAUAUUCCUCGACGCCAGGCGGCGUAUAACGCUUCAAAAGCGCAUAUUAUUCACUUUUGUAAAUCUCUUGCCAUCGAAUGGCUUGGGUUUGCCAGAGUUAAUAGCGUCUCCCCGGGAUAUGUUAACACCGGCUUGUCUGGGUCUGUGGCUGAAGAAGUUAUGAAUUCAAUUAAAGAUAAGAUUCCUAUGGGACGUUUUGGAGAGACGGUAGAGAUGCAGGGAAUUUACCUAUACCUGGCCUCCGAUGCCUCUUCUUAUGCAACUGGGGCUGAUUUUAUUGUUGAUGGUGGCUACACUGCCCCCUAAAUCAUGCAUCAGACGUCUAAGUGGAACUGUAAUGGUAACACCGCACCAGAGAAAAGUACUCUGAAUUCCAUCGCUUGUCGAAAAAGAGCCGAUGUUUGAGAUUAAAUAUAAAUACAUCCUUAAAAUAUAGCUUCAGACCCCGU